UCCUUUAAUAAUGAUGAGAAAACAGACACAGGUUGUUUUCCAUUAAGCAUUGAUGUUGUUGAAGGUGGGCGGCAAACGGCAGAAAGCCAGAAAGGCAGUUUGCUUUGUGAAUUGUAUUUGCUGAGCCUGAUUAAAUUCAAAGGCCAACAGGUAAAAUGGCAAUUAAUAAAAAAAGAAAGAAAGAGAGAGUAGUCUGUCUGAGGUGAGUUUAGUGGUGGUGGGCGUGGCUCAACCCUUUGCGUCUUAAAUUCUACAUUUCCACGUAUGAAUCGCAUUUUAAGCGCUCCAUCUCCUCCAUGUCAUGUGUAGCUAGCUGGCUUGCUGUUAAGAAGAUACAUACAUACAUACAUACAUACAUAGCCUUAUAAAAACCCACCUCAUUUUUCUCAUUUUUAUUCACCCAAAUCACUCACUCCACACAACAUAACACAAAAACCACACCCGUAUUACACUUGGACUCUCCCUCUUUUUCUUACCUUGCUCUUUGAACCUCCCUUGAAGAAGGAGAAGAAGAAGAAGAAAACUAAAAGAGGGCUUUCUUUUUUCUGUUUCUUUUAAUUAUUAAAAAUGCAGGAAAGAGUUCUUGAUUACAUUUUGGUACCGGCAGGCCUCCUAGUUAUGGUGGCAUACCACCUUUGGCUUCUCUAUCGAAUUAUAAUGCAACCAAAUAAUACCAUCAUCGGCAUCAAUUCCAUCAACCGCCGCUUCUGGGUCCACGCUAUGAUGGAGGAUGCGCCAAAGAAUGGUGUUCUUGCGGUGCAGACACUGCGAAACAACAUAAUGGCAUCGACCCUAUUGGCCUCGACGGCCAUUAUGCUCAGUUCUCUCAUUGCGGUGUUGAUGACAAGUGGCAGCAAGGAUCGAAAGGCGUUUUUCGUCUUCGGAAACAGAAGCGAGCUCGCGUUUUCCAUCAAGUUCUUUGCCAUAUUGGUCUGUUUCUUGGUGGCUUUCCUGUUCAAUGUGCAGUCCAUAAGAUACUACAGCCACGCAAGCAUUCUCAUCAACGCCCCCUUCAAAAAGAUGUCACCGCAUCACAAGCAUCAUUAUCUCACAACAGAGUAUGUUGCCAACACUGUCAACAGAGGCAGCUAUUUCUGGUCCUUGGGCCUCCGUGCCUUCUACUUCUCUUUCCCUCUGUUUCUGUGGAUCUUUGGGCCCAUUCCCAUGUUCGUGUCCUGCUUUGUUUUGGUCAUCAUGCUCUAUUUCCUUGAUGUCACCUUUCAGUUUGGAUGGGUUGUUGGGGUUGUCGAUGAGGAGGAGCACAACAGCCUUAACAAGGACGAGGAACAAGGCACGUGAUUACGACAUCAUUAGCAGAGAAAAGAAUAGUAACAAAACUGCCUAUAAGUAUUGAACCAAAGAGCGGUUCAGAUUCAAUACAAGUUGAAUUGAAUUGCCCAAUAAGUUGAUGUAACAACACAAUAAGUUGAAAUAAAAGUACCAUUAGGGAACGCUA